GGCGUAUUUCUCACUCGUUCUGAACUCAGGCUCAAAAGAAUGCAAUCAUGCUAGAGACAAAUCACCCUGAGCUCAAGGAUGUUUGGGGUGACGUUGAACGCGCGAUCCCCGUGAAUACCCCGGUGAGGGCCUCACAGCCCCCAGGUCUAAAGGUCUCCCUGCUACCAUUCCAGCAAGAGAGCUUGCACUGGUUCAAACAACAAGAACAGAGCAUCUGGUCCGGUGGAAUGUUGGCGGAUGAGAUGGGGAUGGGUAAGACCAUCCAGAUGAUUGCUCUUCUAGUAUCUGACAAAGGCGCCAAGCCGAACUUGGUUGUCGCUCCGACCGUGGCAAUCAUGCAGUGGAGAAACGAGAUCCAGGCGCACUCCGAGGGUAUGGAAGUCCUCGUUUGGCACGGACCUACGCGCAAUAACAAUAUCAAGACCCUGAAGAACUACGACGUAGUCCUUACCACAUACGCCGUCCUCGAAAGCUGUUUCAGGAAACAGCAGAGCGGUUUCAAGCGCAAGAACGUGAUUGUCAAAGAGAAGUCUACCAUUCACCAGAUCCAAUGGAAUCGAAUCAUCCUUGACGAAGCCCACAAUAUCAAAGAACGCUCAACGAAUACCGCGAAGGCUUGCUUCGAGCUGAAGUCCAGGUACAAGUGGUGUCUUUCUGGCACACCAUUGCAGAAUCGUGUCGGAGAACUAUACAGUCUUAUUCGCUUCUUGGGCGGCGAUCCGUUCUCGUACUAUUUCUGCAAGAAGUGCGAUUGUAAGUCAUUGCAUUGGAAGUUCAGUGACAAGAGGACUUGCGAUGACUGCGGUCAUAGUCCUAUGCAUCACACUUGCUUUUGGAACAACGAGAUCUUGACUCCCAUUCAGAAGCACGGCAUGAUGGGACCUGGUCUGGUCGCUUUCAAGAAGCUGCGCAUCCUUCUUGACCGUGUCAUGCUACGUCGUACGAAGAUUGAACGCGCAGAUGACCUGGGCCUUCCGCCGCGUACUGUCAUUGUCCGCCGCGACUACUUCAGUCCCGAGGAGAAAGACCUCUAUCUCUCACUGUUCUCGGAUGCCAAGCGGCAAUUCAAUACCUACGUCGACCAUGGCACCGUCCUGAAUAACUACUCCAAUAUAUUCAGUUUGCUUAUUCGCAUGCGACAAAUGGCGUGUCACCCGGAUCUAGUGCUGCGCAGCAAGACCAACUCCGGCACUUUCUUGGCGGACGAGGCCGGCGAAGCGACCGUCUGCCGUCUGUGCAAUGAUAUUGCCGAGGACGCUAUUCAAGCGAAGUGCAGGCACAUCUUCGAUCGCGAAUGUAUCAAGCAGUACCUGAAUACUGCUAUAGAACAAACGCCGGCUUGCCCCGUCUGCCACGUUCCGUUGACGAUCGAUCUAGAAGCCACUACACUAGAGUUAGCAGAGAAUAUCAAGACUAGACAGGGUAUCCUCGGCCGCCUGGACCUUGAUAAGUGGCGGUCGUCGUCCAAAAUUGAGGCCCUCAUCGAGGAGCUCAGCAACCUCCGGCGGCAGGACGCGACCACGAAGAGCAUCGUGUUUAGUCAGUUCGUCAAUUUCCUCGACCUUAUUGCAUAUAGGUUACAGAAAGCCGGCUUCACGAUAUGCCGACUCGAGGGUACGAUGAGCCCUCAGGCUCGUGAUGCUACCAUUCAGCACUUCAUGAACAAUACGCAUGUAACCGUCUUUUUGGUUAGCCUCAAGGCGGGAGGAGUCGCUUUAAACCUGACUGAGGCGUCUCGCGUCUACCUGAUGGACAGUUGGUGGAAUCCUGCUGUCGAAUACCAGGCCAUGGACCGUAUCCAUCGUCUCGGCCAGCACCGCCCAGUCCAAGCAAUCAAGCUAGUCAUCGAGGAUAGUAUCGAGAGCCGUAUCAUUCAGCUGCAGGAGAAGAAGUCUGCCAUGGUCGACGCGACACUGUCCGCAGACGACUCGGCCAUGGGCAGGUUGACACCUCAGGAUCUCGGCUUCUUGUUCAGACUGUAAUUCGGCCGAAGCACCCUUUCCGGUGGCUUCUUGCACAUGCCGAUUCUCGGUUCUCUAUACACUCCGGGCUGCUUUGCCCCGACUCCGAGGCUCUCUCUCGAUCCGCCGGCCACCGCUUGGAACCGUGCCGUAUUGUACGAUCUGCCUGGUAAUAAUUUCUUGGUUUUGCGCACAAUAUGCUAGAUUCCACUGUAUAUUAAAAAGUCUCUUUGGUCAAUAUAUGGGUGUUACUUUCUCUGCAGACGAUAU